AUGCAGCCCUUCAACAGAAUUGCCGGCGUAGAAGAAGUCUCGAACACUCAAAACUAUCCACCACCGCCUCCGAUCCCUGAUGUCGAAUCACAACCAGCACACAGCCUCCACUCACGACCCUCAAGAGCCUCUCUUCCCGUGAAUCGCAAACCUAGCAGACGCACUCUUCAUGAACAAUCCAGUCGCAACUCGCUUCGACCCCCAAGUCUUCACCCCAGUCUUCUCCCACCACCUACGGCAUGGCAAGGCAUUCCUAAUGCAGACUACACGGCUAGUGCACACAGCCACGACACACACUUGGAAGACGAACUGCCCUGGGGUCCUUCACAUCCCUGUUUCCCACAUCUGAAUCCUCACGUCGCUCUCUCAUCUCCCCUUUACGCAAGUACUCGUGUCAUCAGAAUACAGCGAGACUGGUUGGCUGCAGGAGACCUCUACCCGGCCCUUCAAAACCUAUACCCCGAGAUUCUGGAUCUGUGGAUGUCUGAAUCUGAAUUCAGAAAUGUCAUUGAGACAUUGAAUCCCAUGCUGAAACACGCCUUUGAGCCGAAUACUUGGGCGAGUUGGUUCGAUGCCUUGAUGGGCGUUGCGACGGGAUUCUUGUGGGAUAACUUUGGCUGGACCGGAGUGAAAAGAGGAGUAAGAGACAUGGAGAGAUGGGUCGAGGGAUGGAACACUGAGGCUGAAAGAGAAGGCAGAGAGGUCAGGUUGAUCGAUUUGAGGAGGACGGGCUUUUUGAGUCUCGAUAUCCAGAUACCCGACCCGCAUAUUGAUGUCGCAGAUGGGGAUGUCAUGUCGAUGUGA